AUGGGUUCUUAUUCCGAGUUGGCAGAUGCUUUGGAGUAUGAUUCAUUAAAGAACCCCAAACUCACAGAUAUUGAGUUACUGAAGGACAUCACAAGAAGAAUUACUACACUACAAACGAUAACUCCCGGAGGAAACAAUACCCACGAUAAACUCGUCUGCACUCGUCUCUUUGAUUUACCGGCAAUUGAUCCUGGUAUGAGUCUGCUGAAGCCAUGGAAGACUGAUGCCAAAUACUUUAACAAGUGUAUGAUUAGUUCGUUGGCGUUGAUGAAAAUGACGACACACGCGCAAAGUGGAGGGUCAAUUGAAAUUAUGGGGAUGCUAAUUGGGAAAAUUGUUGAUAGGACAAUCGUUGUAAUGGAUACAUAUCGAUUACCUGUAGAAGGAACAGAAACCCGAGUCAAUGCUCAAGGCGAGGCUUAUGAAUACAUGGUACAGUACUUGGAGUUGAAUCAAAAAAUAACCAAGGGGAAUAAGCCAAGACAAGAGAAUAUUGUUGGGUGGUAUCAUUCACAUCCGGGGUAUGGAUGUUGGCUAAGUGGAAUUGAUGUGAGCACACAAGAGUUGAAUCAAAAUUUUCAGGAUCCGUAUUUGGCAAUUGUUGUUGACCCUGUUAGGACCUUGAAACUGGGGAAAGUUGACAUUGGCGCAUUCAGGACCACACCUGCUGCUUUUGCUGACGCCGGCGAUUCGGGAAACACCGAUGGCACAUCGAGGGCUGCUUUGCUGAAUCUACCAAAGUCGAAGCGACAAGAGUUUGGUAGUCAUGCAGGUCGAUAUUAUUCCUUGGACAUUGAAAUUUUUGAAAAUGAAUAUGAUAGUGGUAUGUUGAAGAUGUUACAAAAGCAAGAUUCACUCGACUAUGGUGAGUGGAAAAGGAAGUUAGCUGUCGACGACAAAGAAUCAGUAACAGCGGUACAAGAAGAUAAUCACCCCGUGUCAUUGCAAUAUCUCGACAAUUUUGAUUUUGUUGAUGAAGACGAUACUGAAAUCGGUGCAUUAAAGGAGAUAACCAAGAAAUUGGAUAGUUUAAAGCCUGCACCGGGAGAGAGUCCUGCUAGUUCAUUGUUGAAAAGGAUCAUUGGCAGUAAUAGGUUAAAUGAUGGAUUCGCAGCUCAAUCACGGAGUAUGUCGAGAAGAAGGGAAGUUGAGUAUGAAGAAGAGGAUGUUUUAGAUGAAAGCGAUUUGGAAAGGGGUUAUACCGGAGAAGGUAAAUUGGAAGGUGAAACUGAGGGUGAAGAUUGGGACGAUGACGAGGAUGACGAGUCGGGUACAGAAGAGCAGACUGCGGGUUUGCAAAAUGUACAGCGUGAUGACCAUGCCGGCAAUGAAGCGGAGGAGCAAAAGAAUGAAGAAAGGACCUACAUAACUGAUAAUACGGCUCCAGGAAACUUAAUUGGUUCAACGUCAGAUAAUGCGCAACAGCCUGAGCCUGCCACGAAUGCAUCGUCCCCACCUAGAAAAAGGUCUAUGCGUAAACUUCUUCGCUCGAGAAAAGACGAUUUAAGUGAUUUGCUCUAUAAUCCAUCUUUGGCUGGAGUUCAUCAGAAACUGAAGCGUAAGCAAAAAUCAGUUGCACGACAAUCAGCUCCACCACUUUACCCCGAUGAGUACCUUCGACAGACUGAAUUUUUCGAUUUACAAAAAAGGCAACAGCGAUGGGCUCACGAGCGAUUAGUUAGUGGUGGUGCUAUUAGUGGAAGUGUCCGUGGCAACGCGUAUGAACAGACCAGGUACCCUAUGGCUUCAUCGAUUGCUUUAGAUUUACGAGAAAAGAAUAAGCUGGUUAUUGAAGCAUCACGGGUCGUUGCUGCAAAGAAUGUUUGUGAUUUAAUUAGCAUGGAAGCUAUGAAGGAAGUUGAGGAAUAG